CCCGCGCCGGGCUCUGUGUCGCCGCGGUCGCCUCGGCGGUUGGGGGUCGGUGGGGCGGUGCGGGCGGGGGGCGCUGCGCGGGGCGGCGCGCGCUGUUUUGUCUCCUCCUCUCCCAGUGGAGCGGCUCGGGCUGCCGGGGAGGCCCGGCUCCCUCCGGACGCCCGGCCAACGGCGGCGGCGGCGGCGAGUCCGCGGCCCUGCCGGGAGGGAAAGCGACGCCGCGGUCUUCCCGGGCGACGCGGCGAGCAGUUCCAGAGAACUGCUGGUUUAUGUUUUAGCUCUUGCCAAGUUGUGAAAAUAGUGAAGGAUGGUUAAACUACUUAACAUUCAAAUUGCUCUCUGGUUAAUCAUCUUUAGAAGACUGGAUUUCUGGACAUCUACUCCACUCUUCUAUUGACUUUUAAGAUAUGAUAAUGCAAACCUGUAACACUGGCAAUCAUCCAUGAACCUUUAAUUGCACUGAUUAAUAGCAUUUCAAGCUUCCUCAGGGAAUAUACAAUGACAUCAGCUGUGGUUGACAGUGGAGGAGGUUCUGUUUUGGAGCUUUCCAGCAGUGGAGUAGAGAAUCAAGAGGAAAGUGAGAAGGUUUCUGACUAUCCAGCAGUGAUUGUGGAGCCAGUUCCGAGUGCCAGAUUAGAGCAGGGCUAUGCCGCCCAGGUUCUGGUUUAUGAUGAUGAGACUUAUAUGAUGCAAGAUGUGGCAGAAGAACAAGAAGUUGAGACCGAGAAUGUGGAAACAGUGGAAGCAUCAGUUCAUAGCAGUAAUGCACACUGUACAGAUAAGACAAUUGAAGCUGCUGAAGCCCUGCUUCAUAUGGAAUCUCCUACCUGCUUGAGGGAUUCAAGAAGUCCUGUGGAAGUGUUUGUUCCUCCUUGUGUAUCAACUCCAGAAUUUAUCCAUGCUGCUAUGAGGCCAGAUGUCAUUACAGAAACUGUAGUGGAGGUGUCAACUGAAGAAUCUGAACCAAUGGAUACCUCUCCUAUUCCUACAUCACCAGAUAGCCACGAACCAAUGAAAAAGAAAAAAGUUGGCCGUAAACCGAAGACCCAGCAAUCACCAAUUUCCAAUGGGUCUCCUGAGUUGGGUAUAAAGAAGAAACCCAGAGAAGGAAAAGGAAACACAACCUACUUGUGGGAGUUUCUUUUAGAUCUACUUCAAGAUAAAAAUACUUGUCCCCGGUAUAUUAAGUGGACUCAGAGAGAAAAGGGCAUAUUCAAGCUUGUGGAUUCAAAGGCUGUCUCUAAGCUUUGGGGAAAACAUAAGAACAAGCCAGACAUGAACUAUGAAACUAUGGGACGAGCUUUGAGAUAUUAUUACCAAAGGGGUAUUCUUGCCAAGGUUGAAGGACAGAGGCUUGUUUAUCAGUUCAAGGAUAUGCCCAAAAACAUAGUGGUCAUAGAUGAUGACAAAAGUGAAACCUGUAAUGAAGAUUUGGCAGCAGCUGCUGAUGAAAAGUCGUUAGAACGAGUGUCACUAUCUGCAGAAAGUCUCCUGAAAGCAACCUCUGUUCGUGGUGGGAAAAACUCAUCUCCUCUAAACUGCUCCAGAGCAGAGAAGGGUGUAACGAGAGUUGUGAAUAUCACUUCCCCUGGUCAUGAUGCUUCGUCCCGGUCUCCUACUACUACCACAUCUGUAUCAGCAACAGCAGCCCCAAGGACAGUUCGUGUGGCAAUGCAAGUUCCUGUUGUAAUGACAUCAUUGGGCCAGAAAAUUUCAACUGUGGCAGUUCAGUCAGUUAAUGCAGGUGCACCAUUAAUAACCAGCACUAGUCCAACAACAGCAACCUCUCCAAAGGUAGUUAUUCAGACAAUCCCUACUGUGAUGCCAGCCUCUACUGAAAAUGGAGACAAAAUCACCAUGCAGCCUGCCAAAAUUAUCACCAUCCCAGCUACACAGCUUGCACAGUGUCAACUGCAGACGAAGUCAAAUCUGACUGGAUCUGGAAGCAUUAACAUUGUUGGAACCCCACUGGCUGUGAGAGCACUUACUCCUGUUUCCAUAGCCCAUGGUGCACCUGUAAUGAGGCUAUCGGUGCCUACUCAACAGGCAUCUGGCCAGACUCCUCCCCGAGUGAUCAGUGCGGUCAUAAAAGGGCCAGAGGUUAAAUCGGAGGCAGUGACAAUAAAGCAGGAACAUGACGUGAAAGCUUUGCAGCUGGUACAAGAAGAAAAACCGGCCGAUGGAAAUAAGACAGUGACCCAUGUAGUGGUUGUCAGUGCCCCUUCAGCUAUUGCCCUUCCCGUAACUAUGAAAACGGAAGGACUAGUGACAUGUGAGAAAUAAAAGAGCAGCUCUGCCGUGGACUUUAGACUGUUAGUAAUAGUACUAACAUAAAUGUUUGCAAGGGAUGUCAUCAAGAAAAGUCAAAAGGAGACUUUAAAACAUUUUUAAUGCAUAUAGGAAAACAAUCAAACCUACUGGAAAUAAGUUACCUAUCCCAUGUUUCAGUGGGAAAUGAACUACAUAUUGAGAUGCUGACAGAAAACUGCCUCUUACCUAGGAAACAACUGAACCCAUCAAUAAAAAAGGAUUGAAAGGGACCAAGCAGCUCACUACAAUAUCAAGUUACACUAAGACUUGGAACACUAACAUUCUGUAAGAGGUUACAGUUUUCAAUGGGGAGGGGUUGGGAUGGGUGAUCUCAUUGUUACAUAUAGCAAUUUUUGAUGCAUUUUAUAUGCAUACCAGCAAUUAUUACUGUGUUCACACAGAACUCACUUAACUGGUGCUAUGUGAAGACUCUGCUAAUGUAGGUAUUUUAGAAUGUGAAUUGAAGAAUGGAUCCAAAAGCUUCAGAAAGAGGAUAGCAAAAAAGAUCUAGUGCGAUUUUUUAAUAAAAUACCAUAUAGCUUAAGCUGAUUUAAAACAAAGGCCUUAGACUAAUUUUCGGUUUUCUUUAUUGAAAUAAGCUAAUGGCUUGUUUGUGUAAAGCUUUUUUUAUUAAAAGAAAAAUUUUAAAAAUCUUGUACCUAGCACAGUAUUGUUAUAGAAUUUACAUGUAACAUUUUAUAUGGUAGUUUAAGUCUGUCAGUUUCUUAAUUGUGGACAAAUUAACAGUUGGCUCUGGCCUUUUGCUGUAACAUGCCUGUGUCACUCAGCCCUGUCAUCUGUGCAGACAUAUCAGUUUCUGUUCUCCUGUCACUUGGAAGUUAAGGCUCAGCAUGAAUUUUUGUCAGGUAAUUCUUUAUACCUGGAGUUUUCUUUCUUUUUUCCUUUUUUUUUUUUUUUAGUUGAAGUUUAAGAGGGAAAGUACCAGUGUUCAAAUUUGAACUAUAAUAGUUUGUAUAUUCAACAUUUGAAGUAUAUUCUAUUUUGUUGUACUCUUGUUUCAAAGUGUAUUCAAGUAGGUUUUCUGAAAUAUAGAAAUUUAUCUUGCAUUUUGGUCUCUGGUGAUAUUUUUAACAAUAUUCAAAAGCUAGUAUAGAGACAUCAUUUUAGUUAAGAAUAUAAGUCCUAUUUCUCCUUUCCAACUAAAGAAAUCCUACUUCUGUUUUGUUCUUUAUAUUAAUAUUUGGCAAAUAGCUGCAUGUUGCCACUUCCUUUCUAAUUAUUAUCGUGAACUAUAAUGUUCUAGUUACCAUAAUGAAUUUACUAUUUUAAUGUUGGCCACACUUAUAGAAUUUAUAUUUUAAAUCAAGACCAUUUGCUUCUCAAUCAUACUUUCUGAAGGUUAGAAGAACAAGUAAUAUUCUGGCUCUUUUACAAAUGAGGAACUGGAGGUCCAGAGGGAUUACAGGAGUUUCCGAAUUUCACACCGGACUAGGUGGUGUGACUCUACAUCUUAAUGCUCUUUCAAUUACAAAUAAAAGUUGUCUAUUUUUACAUCUUUUAGAAAUUUAAAUAAACUGAUACUUAAUAUUUUGUGGCCUUUAAUUGUGCAUUUCAUCUGAUACUAAAGUUGACAAAGAUUUUUUUAACAGCUCCCUUUGUAAUCUUUUUAUCUUUACCAUAAACAUACCUAAUGGUAGUUUUUAAUAAAAGCUCAAAAAAAACCCUCA